CUCUGCCCAUAAAUAGAGGCUCAGGGCUCUGCUGGCACACUCAGAAGCUUGGACGGCAACCCGGGCAGCUCACACAUCGCAGGAGGGUGGGGAACCCAGAUUCGCCAUGGAGAAAAUUUCAGUGUCAGCAUUCCUGCUUCUUGUGGCCCUCUCCUAUACUCUGGCCAAAGACACCACUGUCAAAGCUGGAGCCAAGAAGGACUCGAAGCCCAAACUGCCCCAGACCCUCUCCAGAGGUUGGGGCGAUCAACUCAUUUGGACUCAGACUUACGAAGAAGCCUUAUACAAAUCCAAGACUAGCAACAGACCCUUGAUGAUAAUUCAUCACCUGGACGAAUGCCCACACAGUCAAGCUUUAAAGAAGGUGUUUGCUGAAAGUAAGGAAAUCCAGAAAUUGGCGGACCAGUUUGUUCUCCUCAACCUGGUUUAUGAAACGACAGACAAGCACCUCUCUCCUGACGGCCAGUAUGUCCCCAGAAUUCUGUUUGUGGACCCAUCCCUGACAGUGAGAGCAGACAUCACUGGAAGAUACUCAAACCGUCUCUACGCUUACGAACCUUCUGACACAGCUCUGUUGCUGGACAACAUGAAGAAAGCUCUCAAGCUGCUGAAGACAGAAUUGUAGAGCCAGCUGUGCAAGGCGCCCAGCGACGGGAAGGGGGAAGUACUGUGAACUGCUGACCACAUUACAGCUGAAUGUUACGACAGAUGUAUUUUUUAAACACCCAUACAGGGGGAAAUAUUCUUAUCUACUACAGUGAAGCAUGAUUUUCUAAAAAAUAAAGUCUUGUGAGUACUCCAA